AUGAACGCAGACAACACGCAAGAAUGGCCCAAUCAGCGAUUGAAGGUCAUGAUUCCCAUGUGGACGCUUCUGGCCCUCAGUACCAUCUUCCUCGCCUGGAGAAUUGCCUAUGGGUUUGCCCAACGACGCAGAUUCAUGCUCAGUGAUUAUCUGCUGAUCAUCGCCGCUAUCUUGAACAUCGCAGCAAUCACUGUCGCGCAGAUAGUCGUGGACAAUGGCCUUGGUCGACAUAUCCAAGACCCUACCGUCCUUCCCAACAUUAUGACUUACGUCUAUUACCUAUGGAUUACCCAGGUGCUCAACAUUAUCGCCAUGGCCUUUCUAAAAUGGGCCAUCUGCGCCUGGCUCCUCGUACUCAACUUUUCUAGAGUCUAUCAAGCCGUCAUUUGGCUGUCCAUCCUCAUGGUGACAGCGCUCAACUUCCUGGCCCCCGUCCUGACACUCUUUGGCUGUACCCCGUUCGAGCGAAACUGGAAUAUUCUGUAUAAAGGGAAAAGUCACUGUUGGGCCAAGAGCUCUAUUCAACUGUCCUACACUCAGGGCAUCAGCAACAUCCUUACCGAUGUUGUAUACAUGGCAGCACCACUCAUCUACCUCUCGCGCAUCCAAAUCUCACGGCGAACUCAAUGGGGAAUCCGAGCCGUUUUCCUCCUCAGUAUCCCUGCAACAAUCUGCUCUAUUUUCAAAACCGUUGAGCUAAAGACUUUGACCUCCACAAAAGACCCCACUUGGGAUGGCCUCCUCCCGUCCACCCUCACUGGCUCAGGAAAAACGCCGCAAUACGACUACAGCACUGGCGGCGCUGCUGCUGGGAAUAGCAUCCAAAUGAACAAUUUUCAAGGCAGCAAAGCGUACCACUCACGCAUUCGGGGCGAAAGCGUGCUGGACGAGGAUGACGAGAGCGACCGAGCGAUUCUAGACGACCAAGACGUUAAGAUGCACGGUAUCAUGAAGAGCACGGAUGUCGAGGUCAGAAUUAGUGAAGCAGGGCCUCCUCGCGGUUCUGCCAUAGCGCACUAUGGCGAGGGCAGCAGUAGCAAUCGCAGUCGGUCUGAUAGCGGAGGAGUGGGGCACAGCCCAAAGGGGUUCAAAGAGCCUCAGAUUGAUUGGUCGAGUCCACACAUUGAAAGCCGGCGUGGAAAUGGGAUACAGCAUGCUCGGUAA